AUAACGGACACGCCCGAAGAUUUCGACGGAGCUUUCUGAUAUUUGUCUGUGUAUGGCUUGACGAUCGAUCUUAAAGCGAGUUUGAGCAAAAAUGGAUACAGACGCUGCGUGUGUUUGGACGUUCAUUUUAUAUAUGGUGUGUCUCGAAAAAGUGAUUUCUGCUGAAACAGUCAUCGAAUAUUCUGAGGAUAAUAAACCAUGCACAUAUUUUGAGGGUACGAGACGCGCCAAGUACGAACCGGGCCUUGUGAACUGCUCGUGGUACUCGAGUAGUUCGUGCUGCAAGCGGACGGAAGUGACGUCAGUGUUCGCUUCAAACAUGAUGCCCCUGUACCGUGCCUCCGUCGACUGUCGCAAUCGGAUUAACUACAUGAUGUGCUACUUCUGUAGCCCCGACCAGUUUCACUGGUACAAGGAAGGUAAGGUACACGUUUGUGAGUCCUUCUGUGCGAGCAUCCACAUCGAGUGCAGAGAGGCAUUCUACAACGGCAAACAAAUCGGCGACGCAUAUAGAAACGGUACUGCAUUCUGCGAGGCCCAAAACUUCCUGGUCACUAACAGUAAAUCCUGCUUCAAGUUCGACGCAAAUGUAUUCGACGCAAGUCCUCCUGUACACAUAUCUCUGCAAAUGCUUAGCGGCGCUUUAGUGACUGUUACCUUGGCAAGGACUAUGAUACUUUCGGUAGUUUGAUAAUAUUAACUCCACCGAUAUUUACUGUAAUUCUAGACUGUUCAGUAAAACACAGACACUAUGCCCCUUUUGUAAAAUACUUCAGGACCAAAAUGCAAUGAAUUUCAAGGGUCAAAUUCAAACAAAAAUUUAAAUGUCCAUAUUCACACUCAAACUUUAUUCAUCUACGUUCUUUUUAUAACAGUAGUUUGGAAUUCUAGAGAAAUGUGUGGAGCUCGUUGCAUUUUAAGUUGCUCGCUCGCUUCUCAAUUUUUGCCGCAACAUGGAUUUACUACUAUCCACCUCAUCACACACAAAUUAAGGGCUGAGUGAAAACUGUUCUAUCUGUUUAAUAGAACUGUUAAAUAAAACUGUUCUUUCUGUUUAAUAAAACUGUUAAAUAAAACUGUUCUAUCUGUUGUAUCGUACAAGGAGGUACGAUACAACAGUUUCACACUUGAAUCCGCAUUCACGAAGAGAAAGAAAAGAGAAAGAUGUUCCGUUUGAAAGUGAAUAUAGAUUGUCUGAGUUUUGCUUUUUUGUCGUUGAAUACAAUGUGACGAAGAUUUGUUUUAGAAUUUAAUACUGCAAUUAAAAUUAAUUGAUGACGUUUUUGUACGACAGGCCUAUUAAAUGGGUUGUCGUCGUGCGGUUCUUAGUUAUCGGGUAGAAUAAAAAUCGGACACAAUACAUACUUCUUCGGUAUUCGUACUAAACCGCAAUUGCAUGAUUCGACACUCAUUAACUUAUUUACUUCUGACAUGUUUUGACAAACGCUUCAUAUUGAACAUUAAUUGCUUCAAUAAAAUGUUAUCGUUUA